CUAGCAACAACCCGGUCCAUGCCAUGACAACCGCACACGCACGAGCGAGUGAUGAUGACGAGGUGGACUAAUUCAAUUGGGAUGUGAAGUGGGGUUAUUCCUCAUGAAUAACUUUACCUGAGACUAAAACUGAACAUGAGCAUUUGAUUUAAAUACCUCACUAGAUCUUCUGCUGAAGCGCCGCUCUACCUACCAUCACCGCUAGGUGGCGCCAUUACCGCAACAAGAGAGAGGAUUGUCCGACCUCAAAACCAAUAAUUAACAACUAAUACGCAGGCAUGGACUUCAUCCAGCAAAUCGUCCAUGGUUGAGACCAAAAAACAGGAAAACGGAAAAGAAGUGUAUGUGUCUGAUUCUGAACUGAUACAAGAUGUGUAGCGGCGAUACGAAACGGUAUGCAGAAUGGAGAUAAAUUAGAUUAUUGGAUUGGCGGUGACAGAUUAUAGCCCGUCUGUUUCUUCGAUGCUGCAUGCAAAAACUACAAGUUAUCUGCAUGUAGAAAGUUAACCAAGCGGCGACCAUGCUGAGCGGGCUCCUAGACGGGCUCUUGUGCUGCCUCACCGGCCGCUCCGCCAACGUGGUGUGCCCCCUGGAGACCUCGGAGCUGGCCGACGGCUACGAGUUCGUGGAGGUGAAGCCGGGCCGCGUGCUGCGCGUCCGCCACGUGGUCCCGGAGCGCCCCCUGGUGGAGGAGCCGCGGGGGCCCGGGGCCACCGUCAGCUGCAAGCGCCGCAUCACGCUGUACCGCAACGGGCAGAUGCUGAUCGAGAACCUGGGCGAGCGGGCGGGCCGGGCGGAGCUCAGCAACGGGCAGGUGGCGGGAGGCGGAGGGGGAGGAGGAGGAGGGGGGGGUGGGGGGGAGACGGAGCCUAACGCGGGCGUGGCCCUGGAUGUGACGGACCCCGUGCCCGACGGGGCCCCCGGGGUCGCUGGGGGCCAGGCGGAGGAAGGGGACGUAGGAGGAGACGCGGGAGGAGGAGAGCCACACGGCCCCCAGCAACAGCAGGACCAGCAGCAGCAGCAGCAGCAACAACAGGACCCUCGCUUCCGCAAGCGCAAGCCCAAGCGCACGGUGGUGGUGGACUGCGAGCGGAAGAUCACGGCGUGCAAGGGCACGCACGCCGACGUGGCGCUCUUCUUCCUGCACGGCGUGGGGGGGUCGCUGGACAUCUGGGGCAGCCAGCUGGACUUCUUCUCCCAGCUGGGCUACGAGGUCAUCGCCCCCGACCUGGCGGGCCACGGGGCAAGCUCCGCCCCCCAGAUCGCCGCCGCCUACACCUUCUACGCCCUGGCCGAGGACAUGCGCGUGCUGUUCAAGAGAUACGCCCGCAAGAGGAACGUGCUGAUCGGCCACUCGUACGGGGUCUCCUUCUGUACCUUCCUGGCCCACGAGUACCCGGAGCAGGUCCACAAGGUGGUGAUGAUCAACGGGGGGGGGCCCACGGCGCUGGAGCCCAGCCUCUGCUCCAUCUUCAACCUGCCCACCUGCGUGCUCCACUGCCUGUCCCCCAUCCUGGCCUGGAGCUUCCUCAAGGCGGGCUUCGCCCAGCAGGGCUCCAGGGAGCGGCAGCUGCUGAAGGAGAACAACGCCUUCAACGUGUCGUCCUUCGUGCUGCGGGCCACCAUGAGCGGGCAGUACUGGCCCGAGGGCGACGAGGCGUACCACGCAGAGCUGGUCGUGCCCGUGCUGCUGGUGCACGGCAUGUGUGACAAGUUUGUUCCCGUGGAGGAGGACCAGCGCAUGGCCGAGAUCCUCCUGCUGGCCUUCCUCAAGGUGCUGGACAACGGCAGCCACAUGAUCAUGAUGGAGUGCCCCGAGGCGGUCAACACCCUGCUCCACGAGUUCCUCCUCUGGGAGCCCGACUCCUCCAGCCGGCGGGAGCCCAAGGCCCGCCCGGCCACCGCCAAGGCGGCGCCCUGCGGCGGCCGGGGGCCCGAGCCCCCCGAGGUCCGGCCGGGCACCGCCAGGCUGGCCUCCACCAACGGGAACACCACGCGGGACCCCCGAUAGAGCGAGGAACGGCGACGCGCCACGGUCCUCGUCGCGCCGUUAAGACGCGAACCGACGG